GCUGCCAGUCAGUAAGUGGAUAAUUUGUUUUUGGUCGACACGUAAUCUGCCGCAAUGGAAGGGAGUUUACUGGAUCCAACUCUGUUUACCGUGAAGGGAAUGUGCAUCCUGGACAACGACGGGAAUCGCAUCCUGGCCAAGUACUAUGACAAGAAUGUCUUCCCCACCGUGAAGGAGCAGAAGGCGUACGAGCGCAAUCUGUUCAACAAGACCCAUCGAGCCAACGCGGAAAUCAUCAUGCUGGACGGAUUGACGUGUGUGUACAAGAGCAAUGUUGAUCUCUUCUUCUACGUGAUGGGCAGCACGCACGAGAACGAGCUCAUCCUCAUGUCGGUGCUCAAUUGCCUCUUCGACUCCGUCAGCAUGAUCCUGAAGAAGAACGUGGAGAAGCGCACAGUGCUGGAGAAUCUGGACAUUGUCAUGCUGGCCUUCGAUGAGAUUUGCGACGGAGGGAUCAUCCUGGAUGCUGACCCGUCAUCGGUGGUGAAGAGAGUGGAUCUGCGCAAUGACGACAUUCCAAUUGGGGAGCAAACAGUUGCUCAGGUCUUUCAGUCUGCUAGGGAACAGCUGAAGUGGUCGUUACUUAAGUAGAUAACCCAUCCUAUCCCCCAAAGCAUGUCUCUUCUACAAUAAAUUAAUCUCCACAAUGUA